AGAUAGUUCCACGUUUCACAAUGGAGCUGACUCCAACAAUGCCCAUUGUUGCGGACUUUUCUAUUCAAGCAGGCCCAAGCCCACCUAACACCCCUUCUUCAGACCCGAAUGGACCCCAGAGCUUUCGCACUGUCUUUGAGCAGAAUAUGCCAUCCUCUAGGAAGCCCAUCAGCCACGACUCUGCAUCAGUGCUCCUUCUUUCGUACGACUCAAACGAAAAACAAUUCACAGACUUGAACGUACGGGAUGAGGUAGAACAGCUUGAGAACGUGUUCCGAAAGGAUUACGGCUUUCACGUUCAGCAACAACUUAUCAAGAGUAAUAAGAAUGCUCACCUUCAGAUGGUCAACCAUCUUUCCAAUUUCACGCUCGAACAUGGGAAGGAACAUGCGCUGCUUAUCGUGUACUAUGCUGGCCAUGGAUGGCGUAGUAGUGACAGACGCCGCGAUAACCCUGGGAGCUUUGAUCUACAUCCAAGAAAGCUUGGAUACAAGGAAAUGCCAUCCGAAGAUGAGAUUGUGAUGUGGGAAAUGAGCGAGAACACCCUACAACAUGCCAAAGGUGACGUUCUCGUCAUUUUCGACUGUUGCGACGCCGCGUCUCUCGCCAAACUACGAUCCGCUGGCCGCGCCUUUGAGUACCUUGGUGCCUGCGAGAAAUACACACAUCCCCCAGGAGAGAACUCCUUCACAUCCGCCCUCACGUGGGCACUGAGGGAAAUGAGCUCUGGGCCACCCUUUACGACGGAUCGUCUAGUUUCCAAGAUAAAAGAACAUGAGCCAUUUCCAAGAACCCAAGAGCCGGUACUCUUUCCGAGGUGGGACUUCAUGCCUGAGCAUAUCUGGGUCUCAAGCAGGCAAACACUCGCAACUCCAACCCAGAGUCGACGACGAUCGAGCUCUGCUCCAGAAUUUCGAGAUGAAAAUUGCGACUAUGUGGACUUUCGUGUCACUUUCAGCCGGCCGCUGAGUAAUGAAGAUGGGAAGGCCGUUGCGGAUUUGAUGAAGCCAUUGGUUUCCUAUAACAGAAAAUUGCCGUUGAAUGCUAGACAUGUAUCCGUCAUCAAAAAGGGCACAUGUAAGCCUAGCACGACUCCCGUGGCUCUUUGGGCCCGAGUGCGGAACCACCUCGUCGCCAUUCACAGAAUUCAGAGAUCUGUCGAUAGCUCUAGUACUUUGCCAACCCGAAAGAGAAGAAGGCCCUCCUUUGAGGAUAAACUGGAAGGUCCUAGCCGGACGAAAUAUCCAAAGCCUUCAUUGGCGCGAGAUAUUGAGCGCGCUGCUCAACUCCCCACGGCGUCAUCGAGCGAGGAUCAUGACUCCGGCUCCGAGGAAACAUUAAGCUUACGACUCGACACUACCAUGAGGCCGGCACCCAGGAUGCUACAGUCGCCGUAUGAGAUAGAUUCUGACCCCAUGAACCGGAUUGAGGCUUUUCUCGGAGAUUUCGAGAAGCUAAAGCAGGACGCUAUGCAUCAGCCAGAAGUGCAUAGCUACUUGCAGGCACAAAUCCGAGCUGUUCUUGACUGAACAAGAUGAUUGUGGACGAAGAGGAUUAGUUAUUUUCUUUGUUUCGUUUUUCUCCCUCAACUCGGAUAAUGGAUAAGUCAAGCGUUUCGAAGUGACUGUUUGUAUCACUCCUACACACUGUCAAGUCUGGAUAGCUACCUGUGUUGUGGAGGUCUUUAAGCCAUAGCCAAAAGUGCAUGUAAAUUCUCGGAAACAUAAUGGGGGGCAAGCCGACUCUUUAUAGUGCCUUGUACCGGACAGUUCCAGGUUCCACACAGCUUUGAUUAUCAUCCACG